AUGCCAGCACAGUCGUCCAAUGCCGUGCAACUGCAACAGUGUCAACACUGUGAAGCUCCUGAGGGGCCGGCCAGUUUUGAGGAAUUCUCAACAUGGCCAAAGGCAAUAGUGCAAAAACUGUUUGCGAGAGGCGAUGGGAAUGAUGAUGUUCGUUUGAAUCGGGUGAGGUCUCUUUGCGCUGGUGGCCUACAGGUCUACUCGGACUAUAGUGGAAUGGCUGGCGAAUAUGAGUUUCUUUUCCAAUUGGGAGAAGCUCUGAGUCCCAAAGUGAACUUCACGGUGAUGCACAGACGCUUUUGUGACAUCAGCAGAGUUUCUCAAUUCAUUUUGAAACAGAUUGCCCAGACAGAAGUUGAUGAUGAGCCUUGCGUUAUGUGCGACAUCAACAGCAGACUUCCUAAGCAUGCACUUUCUUGGCUGGAUGCCGCGAUGCCAUCGCCUGAAGACAGUGCAGAGUCCAGUGCAGCCAGCUAUCGCUCUAUGGAGAGAUAUUUGAUGGAGAACAGGCAUACAAUUUUUCCCAAUGCCACAACAGAUUGGUGUGUUGUGCACAAUCGCCGCUGUAGCUUGUUUCCUGAGAGCUGCCAACCCGAUGAUGACCAGCUGCAACCGUUGGUUAUGAACUUUGCUGGAACCACUUGCCGUGGUUGGAGCUCGGCCGGUAAGAGCCGGCAUUUCAGCGAUCCUUCAGAGAGACCACAUGCUGUUUGGGUCACUGAGAGGCGUUAUCGCGCUGAAGAGUUGCAAGAAGCACUUUUCUUUUCUGAGUGUACGCCAAGAUACCCUGUAGAGGUGACAGUGAGGGAGAAGCUGCAGAAACCACUCGAGGAGAGCCACCGCGUUCUUUCAGUAAUCCUUGAACCAUCCAUGCUCGGGUGGCCUGUUCGGCGCAAAAGAAUGUUUUCUGCUGGACUCAGUCGGGCACAAGUGGCAUGGCUGGGACCUGACAAUGGUGAUGACAUCUUGUCAGAUUUCUUAGAUUUUUUCAAGGUGUCAAUGAAAGUUGAUGGUGGCAUAUUUCUAGUUUGCACUGACGAAGAUGUGAGUGUGGAGGAGAGGAAGAUGGCCCGGGCCCGUGGACAUGGGUUUGCUACUUCCGGUGCCAAGCUGGAGAAACACCAAUACCUUGCACCAGGCCAGCUGGUGCGCCUUGAGAACUACGAGAAAAUUUACGCAGAAACUGGCAUGACUGAUCAAAGCUUCUUUGCAGAUUUGGAUCAGAAUGUGACAGGUGCGAGCACUGCAGGAAGCAUGAUUCCCAGCCUACUGACGCAUGGAACUAAGUACGCCUUGCAUGCAGGCCGUGUUGUAUGCCCAGAUGAGCUCUAUGUAUCGCAUGGAUACAACGUUGUGCCAUUGCCCAAGAACUCUGCAGCCAAAAGUUGCCGAAUCAAAAGCUUUUUGAAACAAAUGCCGACAAAUCAGCGGCUACAUCUUCUGGGAAAUGCGUGGCAUCUUCCAGUAGUCAGUGCAUGGUGUCUGUACGUACUGUCACAUUGCGUGUGGGUCAACAGAAACAUGACAGUGCAACCGGAACGGUCUUUGCUUCGCAAGGGCGGCUCACGGUUAUGUGAGUUGGAUUGGGAUCAGUCGCCAGAAAAAAAACGCAAAGAAACGGCCGACGACAACCAGUAG